UUGACAAAGUUUUCGGAUUUUUAUGAGUAAUUGCACGUGAGAAAGAAAUUUUCGAGAUUUCAAUAUUCCUUUCGGAAUUAAAUAGUGGUCUCAGUUUUUUUUUCAAAUAAAAGAAAAAAAAUCUGUAAUAGAAAGUCACGUGAUGUAUUUGAAACGUGAUAUCCUCGGUGACACGUGACCACAAAAUACGGGUGGAGGACGUGUCGAAUGGCACGAAACACAGGUGAACGUGCUUUCAGGUCUUCGACAUUCUUGGCACGAGUGCGAUUCUAUCGUCAUAAAUAAAAUCGAAAUAUGAGCCUCGCAUCGGAAACCGGUGAUAACCUCGAGGAAAUAUACAUUUGGAUCGAGCAAAUGACAUUUUCCAGGCCAAAGAAAAACCUUGCUCGAGAUUUUUCUGACGGUGUUUUUAUGGCCGAGUUGUUAAAACGAUAUUAUCCUAGACACGUGGACAUACACAAUUACAUACCUGGGAACAGCACUGCAAAAAAGAUAGUUAAUUGGUGCACCCUGAAUCGCAAGGUACUUUCUAAGCUCGACAUAAAAUUGGGAAAGGAUGUAAUUUAUCAAUUAGCAAAUUCGCAACCGGGAGUUAUUGAAAAAGUGUUGACCGAUGUACGAAUUAAAAUUUUAAAAGAUUGCAAUGCCGACAGAGACUCUUUGUACUCUGCAUACGAGGAAGAUGAAAAAGGAGAGGCAAUCAAGUCGAUACUUAAUUCUGACGAGAUAGCGAAUAAAACUGUUCCAAGACAAGUUUUCAUCAAACUCAAACAACAGCUAGAGGAAAAGAAUGAAGUUAUAAAUUCGCUUCAACAAAAAGUGGUUCAUCUUGAAACUUUGAUGAAACUAAAAGAUCAAAGAAUCGCAGAUCUUAGCACACAAGUAAUAAAACCUACAGAGCCUUGUCCUACACCUAACACAAUCUCAAAAUUUCGUGUUAAAACAUAGUACAUUGC